GACUGGUCCAGGCACUCGAAACUGAAAUGCUGCGUUGUCACUCGCUCCAGCAACGCAUUUCGCCUUGUCAUUACAAUAGAGACUUGAUACGAGCGUCUGGAAAUCUCGUGGUAAAGAAGAGACUUCUGAGCUCAUCUCCAAGGCAGCUUUCACAGUCAACACCGCAAAAGCCUAGCAGACCGUUUGGACAGGCCUAUGAACCGAAAUUGGUCGAAACUGGAUGGUAUGAAUGGUGGGAGAGCCAGGGAUUCUUUGGAUCAAAACCGCAAGGCCGAGCACGUAAUCAAGCAAAGCCGACAUUCAACAUGAUUACGCCUCCUCCAAAUGUCACUGGGUCGCUUCAUAUAGGGCAUGCUUUAACGUUUAGUUUGGAGGAUGCGGUUGUUCGCUGGCGUAGAAUGUGUGGCUACGAUGUUUCAUGGAUACCUGGGACAGAUCAUGCUGGGAUUGGAACUCAAUCUGUUGUAGAGCGACAAUUGAUGAAGGAUCGCCAGCUUUCUAGACAUGAUUUAGGCAGAGAUGCCUUUGUGGAGGAGAUAUGGAAGUGGCGUGAACACUAUGGUAACAGGAUUAUUGAACAAAUCAGAAAAAUUGGUGCUAGCGUUGAUUGGGAUAAAACGUAUUUCACUAUGGACGAAAGUAGAUCAAAAGCAGUACAAAAUGCCUUCAUCAAACUGUAUCAAGAUGGCCUUAUAUAUCGUGAUUCCCGACUAGUCAAUUGGUGCUGUGAGUUGGAGACUGUUAUAUCUGAUAUAGAGGUUGACUACCACGAGAUUACUGGUCAAACAUUUAAGACUUUACCUGGACGAACUGAAGGGGUUGAAUUUGGCGUCUUGCACAAGUUUGCAUAUCCAGUUGUAGAUCCGAGUGAUAUUGGCGAGUUGGUAGUUGCGACUACUCGAAUUGAAACAAUGCUAGGUGAUUGUGCUGUAGCUAUUCAUCCAGAAGAUGCUAGAUACAAGAGCCUUCACGGAAAAAGCGUCAUCCAUCCUCUUUCCAAGAAGACGAUUCCAAUUAUCUGUGAUCCACAGCUGGUUGAUAUGGAGUUCGGAACUGGUGUCGUAAAAAUCACCCCUGCUCACGAUCAAAAUGACUAUGACUGUGGCCGACGACAUGGCUUACCACUUGUUAGCAUAUUCGAUAAGAACGGCAAACUGAAUGAAAAAUGUGGUGUUAAAGAGCUCGAGGGCAUAGAUAGGUUUGAAGCUCGUAAAUAUGUUGUAGAAAAGCUGCAAGAGUUAAAUGUCUACAGAGGCAAGGAGACCGAUCAUGCUAUGCGACUUGCUAUCUGUUCAAGAUCGGGAGACGUGAUUGAGCCUCUCAUUCAACCACAGUGGUACAUCAAGUGCAGCGGGUUGGCAGAUAAUGUAGCCAAAUAUGUUGACCAGGGCGACAUCGUCACCCAUCCUGUACAUCACAAGAACGAGCUUAACAGAUGGUUAAAUAAUAUUCAAGACUGGUGUAUAUCUCGCCAGCUAUGGUGGGGUCAUCGGAUACCUGCCUAUCAGAUCCGUUUGGCGGACUCACAUGAAGAUUUUUGGGUUGUGGCAAGAGACAGCAACGAGUUGCACGCCAACGUCGUGAAAGAACUCUCUAACCGAAAUCUUCCCGAUAAUACGUCGUAUAAAGCGCAUCAAGAUGAAGAUGUUCUCGAUACAUGGUUUUCGUCCGCUCUACUGCCUCUAUCUGCCUCGGGUUGGACAGAACCUGGCACCACGGCACAACGAUACCCAUUGAAUGUUAUGGAAACAGGUCUGGACAUUUUGUUUUUCUGGGUGGCGAGAAUGGCUAUGCUUUGUACCCACCUUGAUGGACAGCCGCCUUUCAAGGACAUCUUUUUGCAUGCUAUGGUUCGAGAUGCUCAGGGUCGUAAGAUGUCCAAGUCUUUAGGCAAUGUUAUUGACCCCGUUCACGUCAUAAAUGGUGUGGAUUUGGAUACUCUAAAAGAGGCUGUGCGAACCGGUAAUCUCGCUCCUUCAGAAGUUGAAAGGAGCAUUAAAAAUCUUGAAGUCGAGUAUCCCAAUGGUAUACAAUCGUGUGGUGCGGAUUCCUUACGGUUUGCGCUUGUAUCAUAUACCCAACAAACAAGGCAGAUCAAUUUGGACAUUAAUAAUGUUGUAUCUACUACUCAUUUUGGAAACAAGAUGUGGAACCUCUUCAAGUAUGGGCUUAGCCGUAUUCAAAUGGUGGACAACAAGCUUUCAUCUUCGCUAGUCGAUCGCCUUCCUAAAGCCGAAGAAUUAGCCUCUAUACCACUGGUGAACCGUUAUAUAUUAUCAAGACUUGCCACUGCUGUGAUGGCUUCACAAGCCGGAUUCGAAAAGUUUCAUCUUCACGAAGCUACAGAUGCUACUCGCCGAUUCAUUGUUGAAGACUUGUGCGAUGUCUAUGUGGAAUUUAGCAAAUCGAUGCUCAAAGAUAGUCAGAGCGCAACCUCGUUGUCGACUUUGAACAUUUUGAGUGCCUGCAUGGACGUUGGACUCCGAUUGACUCACCCUUUCAUGCCAUUUUUGACUGAAGAACUGUGGCAUCAUUACAAAGAACACCAUGAAGACCGAGAACAGUAUUCCUCACCUCCGUCCUUGAUGCUUGAAUCCUUCCCGGCUGUUGAUCAGUUUGCACAGUACAAAGACGAAAACGUUGAAUCAGGAUUUCAGACCGUAUUAUCCAUCAUUCAUGCAUCUCGGUCCCUGCGGCAAAGUAACCGUGUGAGCAUUGCCAAAGAAUUGCCAUUCAAAAUAUGGUACUCCGAUGCAGACGCGGAUACACAUCACGGCGAGUUACAAAAAUAUGUAGGCGAUAUUAAGGAUUUUAUCAAAGCAUCUUCGCUAGAAGUAUUGACUUCAGAUGCAAACGGAGGCUAUGAGCCGACAGAACCAGUGGCUAUGAAGAUCAUCUCGCCCAACCUCAAAGUAUUCGUUCCCAUGAAAGACAUUUUGCGUUCUCAACCUCAGUCGGACGAAAAAUCGCUCAGAGCGAGAAUAACCAAACUCGAAAAGAAAUUGACGAAAACGGAACGGGAACUGGAACGACUAGGUAACCAGAUCCAACAAAGCAGUUAUGAAAGCGCCACGCCCAUUGAAAUUCAACAAAAGAACAAGAAACGAUUAGAAGCUUUGGAGACAGAAAAGCUAGACUCUCUAAAAAAUAUUGAUCUACUCAGAACGCUAUUGUAAAAAAAAAAAAAUUCUGUAAAAUAGUAAAAUCAACGAAUCAGAAUGUUUUGUUGCUUCCUUCAGCCACUGA